AUGGAGAUUGAAGAGGUCGAGGCUCUCUCAAUCUCCGAGAAAUUAAAUGUAGCUUUUGCUUUGCAUUUUCCCCUUGGCCCUUGGUGUGUAGGUUAUGGAAAUUUGGACUUUGGAACUCAACCAGCCACUAAUGCUGUUGAAGCAUUUGUACUUAUACAAGGCCUCCCUAAUUGCUGUGGUGUGGUUGAUACCACGCAUGUAAUGAUGUGUUUGCCUUCCUCGGACCCCACAAGUAAUGUGUGGCUUGAUCAGGAGAAGAAUCACAGCAUGAUCUUGCAGGCAAUUGUGGACCCUGAAAUGAGGUUCCGAGACAUAGUCACUGGAUGGCCAGGGAAAAUGGAAGACUGGUUGGUCUUUCAGAGUUCAAAUUUCUGCAAAAUGUGUGAUAAAGGGGAGAGGUUGAAUGGGAAAAGGUUAGAGCUCUCUGAAGGAUCAGAAAUGGGAGAAUAUAUAAUUGGGGAUUCAGGCUAUCCUUUACUGCCCUAUCUUAUGACUCCUUAUGAAGGAAAAGAGCUCCCUCAGUUCAAAGCCGAGUUCAAUAGACGGCAUUCUGUGACGCAAAUGGUGGCACAAAGGGCAUUGGCAAGAUUAAAAGAUAUGUGGAAGAUCAUACAAGGAGUCAUGUGGAGACCUGACAAACAUAAGUUACCAAGGAUUAUUCUUGUUUGCUGCUUGCUUCAUAACAUUGUUAUAGAUUUGGAAGAUGAGGUGCAGGAGGAAAUGCCUUCGUUUCAUGACCAUGACUCAGGUUAUCACCAACAGAUUUGUGGAACCCUUGACAUAAAAGGUGUACAUUUGAGAGAUGAGCUCUCUCUCUAUUUGUCUAGAAAAUUGCCGCCAGGCUUCUGAAACAAGAUUUCUCAGUGAAAAUUACAAAUAUGAAGUCAGUUUCUAUAUAU